AUGACUGAGCCUCGCACCGUGAUGGACGGCCCAAAGAAGGAGCCGCGCGUCAUUGCCUUGUUCGACCUAGACGGCACACUAACAGAAUCGCGACAGCCCGCCUCAGAGGACAUGCUCGAGUUGCUUUCGCGACUCAGAGAGGUCGUCGCCGUGGGCGUUGUGAGCGGCUCAGACGCGCCGAAGCUCCGUGCGCAGCUGGGUCGAGUAGACUUCGCGGCCUUCGAUUUUGUUUUCUGCGAGAACGGAUGCGUCGUCUACAAGGAGGGAAGACUCGUCGCCGAGCAGAGUCUCGCAUCGACGAUCGGGGAGCAGAAGCUAAAGGAAAUCAUCAACUCCUCUCUGCGCUACAUCGCCGACCUUGACAUCCCGAUCAAAAGAGGCACCUUCGUCGAGUAUCGCCACGGCCUGCUCAACGUCUCGCCGAUCGGCCGGAACUGCAGCCAACAGGAGCGCCUGGCGUUCUUCGAGCUGGACAAUAAAGAGAAAAUCCUUGAGAAAUUCAAAAAGGACCUGGAAACGCAGUUCGCCGACUGCGGGCUCCAGUUCAGCAUCGGCGGACAGAUUUCCAUUGACUGCUUCCCCCAGGGCUGGGACAAGCGACUGGCGCUGCCGUAUCUGACCGAGCGCUUUGAGACAAUUCACUUCUUCGGCGACAGAACCCAUCCGGGUGGAAACGAUCACGAGAUCUACGCAGACCCGCGCACGGUAGGCCACUCCGUGAGCGGCCCCACAGAGACGAAGCAGCUGCUCCGAAAGCUCUUCGGUGUCUGCUAG